GAGCGGAGCCCAUUCCCUACUGGGCUGGGUAAGGAGGAGAGGAACGAUGGCCAGCAGUGUGUUCUGGAUCUUGGCUGUAGCCCUGACUCUGACGGCUGAAGCCUUAAUGCCACUGGAUUACCGAUGUGGUGUAAAGCCAAAAUCAAGAGCCAACUGUGGACCCCCAGGCAUAUCCCCAAGUGAAUGUGUAGAGAAAGGGUGCUGCUUUGAUGACAGUGAUCCAGACAGUAUUUGGUGUUACAAUCCGUGGAAAUUUGAAAACACCAUUUGCAACCCGGCGGAACCAAAGGCGAGAGUAAACUGUGGCUUCCCUGGGAUUUCUGCAGAGGACUGCGAUCACAAAGGAUGUUGCUUCAACGACACCAUUCCCAAUGUUGUGUGGUGCUAUCAGCCAAUCAUACAAGCAGUGGAACGUGACUGUUCAGCAGUAGUGCCUGAUAAAAGGGUGAACUGUGGACCCCCAGGAGUGACCCCAGAUCAAUGCGUAAAGAACGGCUGCUGCUUCAAUUCCGACGUGGGCGGGGUGCCUUGGUGCUUCAAGCCUGAAAUCAAGAAAGAGCUCCUGCAAUGCGCUGUUCUACCAAAAACAAGAGUAAACUGUGGCUUCCCCAGCAUCACAAUGGACCAGUGCUACCAGAAAGGCUGCUGCUAUGAUUCCAGCCAGUCCGACACAAUCUGGUGCUUCUAUCCAGAUAUUGAAGAAGUUACUAUCAUUGAAUAAGGGCAUCACCCACAGCUCAUCGUAUGGCUGCUCAGUAGUAGAAAUUCUCUCCGGCUGAUUAAUGCCACAAUUUCUGAUCACCACAAUGCCGGUCUGUUUUAGUUGGGAAGAGUUCUCUUAGACAACUGCGCCCAUAAAAAGACAAUAAACAUUACUAUGAAAACUG